AUGGAAACUCAGAGAAUCCUCAUCACCGGCGCGACCGGCUACGUUGGUGGUAGUGUAUUAACAACGAUCCUCUCAAACCCACACCUCGCGAAACUUCCCAUCACGGCCCUAGUCCGCACCCAAUCUGAAGCUUCGACUCUAUCCUCCCUCCCAAUAACACCUGUUCUCUUCACCAACCUCGACGAUACAGCUUUUCUCACUGAAGUAGCUUCAGCACACGACAUCGUCAUACAUGCAGCAAACGGUUAUCACGUCCCCUCCGCCCAGGCCUUCAUCAGCGGUCUCGCGCAACGGAAGAACCAAACAGGGCGCGACGUUCACUACAUUCACAACUCCGGAACUUCGAAUUUUGGUGAUAGACCUGUUUCCAAGACGUACGCUGAGAAAAGGGUAUUUUCGGAUAAAGAUGAUGUUUACGCUUAUGAGAAGAUGAGGCAAACGAUUGAGCCAUAUCAUCAACGAACUGAUGAUGUUAGCGUCUUUGAACUUGGCGAAGAGUUGGGUGUCAAGACGUACAUCAUCUGUUCCCCUCUGAUCUAUGGUAAGGGAACGGGCUUGUUUAAUAAGUCGUCGAUACAGAUCCCGACAAUGGUCAGGACUGCUCUGGAGAGGGGACGGGCGAUGUACGCCGGCGACGGACUGGGAGUUUGGGGUCACACGCAUAUUGAAGACAUUGCAGCGCUUUACACGCUCCUACUAGCAAAGAUUGUUGGAGAGGAGGAUGUACCUUUUGGCAAGGAGGGAUUCUUCUUUGCAAACCAUGGGAAACAGUCAUGGUUUGACAUAGCGAAGGAGAUUGCAAGAGUCGGCCAUCAACGAGGCAAAGUCACCGCUGAACCCGAAAGUGUUGGGCUGAAGGAGGUUAGUAAAGCUUGGUUCGACGGUGAUGAGCAUCUCACUGAGCUUGAAUUGUGCUCGAGAUCUCAGACGAGAGGCGAUCGGAGUCGCGAGUUAGGAUGGGAGCCGGUGAAGGAGGACUCGAAAUGGACUAAGACUGUGACUGAGGAAUUUGACGCUGCUCUUGAAGCUAUGGCCUGA